AUGGCAGCUUAUUCGCAACAUUCUCUCUCCACAGGAUGGAGUUUUAAGGACAGUGAGGAUGCAUCGGCAGAAGCCUGGUUGCCUGUGCCCGUGGUCCCUUCGGUGGUUCAUCAGGAUCUACAGGCGAAUGACAAAUUGAAAAAUCCCUACGUUGGUUUCAAUGAGCUCGACGCUAGGUGGGUGAAUGACAAGUCGUGGAGCUACCGCAAUGUGUUCCAAAAACCCUCGGUUCCUGACGGAUCGUCGGUAGUUUUGGCCUUUGACGGAUUAGACACCUUUGCAACGGUCAAGCUGGACGGCAAGGUGAUCUUGGAAAGCAACAACAUGUUUCUUGCCCACCGCGUAGAUGUGACCAAGGCCCUGGAGGCCGAGGGUGACCACGUGCUCGAAAUCGAUUUCGAUUGUGCCAUGCUGCGUGCUCGGAAGCUUAAGGAACAGGACCCGAAGCACAACUGGGCUUCUUUCAAUGGAGACCCAGCCAGAAUGGCCGUGAGAAAAGCGCAGUACCACUGGGGCUGGGACUGGGGCCCAUUGCUCAAUACUGCCGGUAUUUGGCGAGAGGUGCGACUUGAGGUGUAUUCCGCGCGAGUCGAAGAUCUCUGGACCGAAUUGAAACUGGCAUCGAAUCACGAGUCAGCCCAGAUCUCUGCAUUUGCGCAGUUUGAAGGCGUCGACUCUGACUCCUCGUACAACGUCACAUUUACAUUGAGUCUUGAUGGCCAAGAGGUCGCGCGCGAGGUGACGCAGCCGAAGGACCGAUAUGCAGAUGUGACCUUUGACGUGAAACAGCCGUCUCUGUGGUGGCCAAAUGGCUAUGGUGAUCCCACUCUGUAUGAUAUUUCGGUGUCACUUGAAAAGGGACAGGACGAGGUGCAUCGUGCCUCCAAGAAGAUUGGCAUCCGGACUGCGGAAGUGAUCCAACGGCCUGACAAGCAUGGUAAAUCAUUCUUCUUCAGGAUCAACGGAGUGGAUGUCUUCUGCGGCGGGUCUUGCUGGAUUCCUGCCGACAAUUUGCUGCCUAGCAUCAGUGCUGAACGGUAUCGCAAAUGGAUCGAGCUGAUGGUCGCUGGACGACAGGUCAUGAUUAGGGUCUGGGGUGGCGGAUGUUACGAAGAUGACAGCUUUUACCAAGCGUGCGACGAACUCGGAGUGUUGGUAUGGCAAGACUUCAUGUUUGGCUGCGGCAACUACCCGACCUGGCCUGAUCUGCUCGAGUCCGUCGAGCAGGAGGCUUUCUACAACGUCCGCCGACUGCGCCACCACCCGUCCAUUGUGAUCUGGGUCGGCAACAACGAAGAUUACCAAGUACAGGAGCAAGCAGGCCUGGUCUACAAUUACGAGGACAAGAAUCCAGAGAACUGGUUGAAGACCGACUUUCCUGCUCGCUACAUCUACGAGAAGUUGCUUCCCUCGGUUGUUGAGAAACUGACGCCAUCGAUAUUCUACCAUCCUGGUAGUCCUUGGGGCGAUGGCAAGACCACUUCCGACCCUACGGUUGGAGACAUGCACCAGUGGAAUGUCUGGCAUGGAACGCAAGAAAAGUAUCAAAUCUUCGAUACCCUCGGGGGACGGUUCAACAGCGAAUUCGGCAUGGAGGCGUUCCCGCACCUGUCGACGAUCGACUACUUUGUGGAGAACGAGAAAGACAAAUAUCCCCAGUCUCAUGUGCUCGACUUCCACAACAAGGCAGAUGGCCACGAGCGAAGAAUCGCCACCUAUCUGGUUGAAAACCUGCGAACGGCUACAGAUCUCGAGACAUACAUCUACCUGACCCAAGUCGUCCAGGCUGAAACGAUGAUGUUCGGCUACCGCGGCUGGCGCCGCCAAUGGGGUGACGAGCGACACUGCGGCGGUGCUCUCCUCUGGCAGCUGAACGACUGCUGGCCCACCAUCUCGUGGGCCAUCGUGGAUUACUUCCUGCGACCCAAACCCGCCUUCUAUGCCGUCGCACGGGUUCUGAACCCCAUCGCCGUGGGAGUUCGUCGCGAGCACCACGACUGGAGCGUCACCCACGCCCAGCCCCCGAAGACCAGCAAGUUCGAGCUGUGGAUCGCCAGCAACCUGCAGAAGGAGGUUUCUGGAAAGGUGGAAUUGCGCUUCCUGUCUGUCAACUCUGGCCUCGAGGUUCGCGAGAGCAUUGUCCACGAUAAUGUGAAGAUCGUCCCCAACGGAACCACCAACAUCGCUGACGGAGUCAUCGACCAUACUGAGUACCCGGAACCGCAUGUUCUUGCGGCGCGACUGUGGGUCGAUGGCAGCGUCACUGCGCGCGACGUCGACUGGCCCCAGCCGUUCAAGUACCUUGACCUAUCGGACCGCGGACUAGAAGUGACCAAGGGAUCGGGAUCUGCUACCGAGCAGACGCUGAAGAUCACCACUAAGAAGCCCGUGAAAUGCCUGGUCUUUGAGGAGCGGGAUGGCGUGCGAGUCAGCGACAGCGCCAUGGAUAUUGUGCCGGGAGAUGAGCAGGUCGUUACCAUCAAGGGACUGGGCGAGAAUGAUGCGCCUUUGAAGUACAAGUUUCUUGGCCAGUAA